GGGACGUAGCUCGAGGCUAGUUUGGCCAUGAAAUUGUCCUUAACUCUUCUCUUCUUUCUAAAUUCUUCAAAAAUGUAUUAUUGUCGUCUUCAAAUCUUGCCAUCUCUUGUGUACGAAGUUGAUUUUCGUUAUAACAGUUUGAUAAAAGCGCAAUUUUGACAGUUACUUUAAUUUUCAUUGAUAAUGAUAACCUAAAAACAGUAGCGGCUUGUGUCUCUUGAUAAACUCGAUAGGUACUUGCGAAAUCUGAAAAGGGCGCCGCCAAUAAGCAGAGAUUUUUUCUAUAUUUUUUCUUAAAAAGCAAAAUUAAAUUUAUUGUAUCCAUAUGGGUGUAGCAAGGAAGGUACUCAAUUGGUACGCGAGAUUAUCCCCAAGUCGAGGUUAUGCAGUGCCUCCUUACCGGCAUGUCGUACAAAUUGGAGAUCCAACAUUACGUAAAGUUUCGGAGCCUGUUCCAUUGGAUAAAAUAAACUCAAAAGAAGUCCAAAUGGUGAUAAAGAGGCUAGGAGAUGUACUUAACACGUACGGAAGCGUUGGAAUGUCGGCGCCACAAAUUGGAGUUAAUUUAAGGAUAUUUGCAAUGCAAAAUACUUCUAAGCAAUUGUCAACCGUUCCUAAAGAAACUAUAGCAGUUCGGGGUAUGGCUGUUGUUCCAUACACUGUAUUCAUCAAUCCAAAGUUGAAAGUGGUUGACUAUCAAAAAGUAUUACAUUCUGAAGGAUGCGAGAGUGUCAGAGGAUUUGCUGCUUUAGUCCCUCGCUUUAGAGAAGUGGAGAUAUCAGGCUAUAAUGAACAAGGAGAGCCAUCAACAAAAACUUUCAAAGACUGGGCGGCGCGCAUAGCCCAGCAUGAAAUGGACCAUCUGGAUGGCAAAUUGUACACAGAUGUUAUGGAUAGAAAAAGUUUAGAGUGUACAUGUUGGGAAGAAGUUAACUUAUCAGAAGGAAAGGUUGCCAUACCAUUCAGCCCAGAAUAAUGUAGUUUUUUUAAAUUUUAGUUUUGUAAAUAACCAUUAUGUGUGUCCAAUUUUUUAUUUCUUUUAAAAUGAAUUACAUCAAAACUUCAUUUAAGAAUACACUCUCGUCCUGUAACUACCACCAUACCGAAAUUUCGAUUCCGAAAUUUGAAUAGCUUGGACAAAAAAGGUUGACAUUCCAGAAAGUCUAACAACAUAGAAUUGAAAAUCUCUCUCAUACGGCAGCAUAAAUGGAUAAGGGCAGGGCAACAAAAUAUAAAUCAUAAAUGAAGUUUUAAUACAGGAUUGUGAGACGAGAAUUUUAUGAUAUGAGAAUUUUACUUUUUA